AUGUCCGAUCGAAAUGCUGUCAAUCCUCUGGGAAAGAAACGUGGUACAAAAAAGAAACUUGACUCAAAAACGUUUGAGGUUGUUUCGUCAAAUCCACAGUCUUGGAUAGGACUGCAUGAUAGAGAAAGUGAAGGAAAGCAUAUCUGGGUUUCAACCGGAAGUGGUACCAGUUAUACCAACUGGGCGACCUACGAACCUAACGAUCACGAUGGGGGAGCUUGUGUUCAAAUGCACGGAAAUGGAAAAUGGAACGAUAUUGAUUGCCAGCUCGAACGUCCCUAUGUUUGUGAACGUUUAGUCCAUGUGAUGUGUCCCAAAGGGUGGACAUUCUUCAGAGGGGAAUGUUAUAAAUACAACAGUGAAAACAAGAAAGACUGGGAAGAAUCUGAAGCAGCAUGCGUUGCUGAUGAAAGUCAUCUUGUGGAUAUUAACAGUGGUGCAGAAAAUAAAUUCCUGAUGAAUCUUAUGAAGAGAGGUGACCAAUAUCCAUCUGCAGCUUGGAUCGGACUGAAUGAUAGGGAAACGACUGACACCCAUGUUUGGUAUUCAUCUGGAAAAGUUGCUUCGUAUACGAACUGGGUUGAAUACGGGACACAACCCUGUGUACAAAUGUACUCUUCUGGGCUGUGGAAUGAUAUGCGCUGCUCAUAUUCUCGAGCCUACAUAUGCAAACGUCCGGUUAAAGCUAUGUGUCCCAAAGGGUGGACAUUCUUCAGGAAAGAUUGUUAUAAAUACAACAGUGAAGUCGAGAAACCCUGGGAAGAAGCUGAAGAUGCAUGCCUUGCUGAUAAUGGUCAUCUUGUGGAUAUCAACACUCGUGCCGAAAAUACAUUCCUGACCUAUCUUAUGAGGAGGGAUUAUAUGUAUCCUUCUGCUGUUUGGAUUGGGCUGAAUGACAGAGAAGUCAAUGACACCUAUAAAUGGGUAUCAACUGGAAAAGUUGCUAUUUAUACGAGCUGGGGUCUAUCCCAACCUGACGAUGUUGUUCGGACACAAGCCUGUGUAAUGAUGAACUGGUAUGGAGAGUGGAACGAUAAGCGCUGCACAUAUUCCCGAGCCUACAUAUGCAAACGUCCGCUUAGAGUUUCCUAUGAAUAAGGAAUAGCGUAAUGGACAUGAAGUGAAAGGCCAAUGUCCUAGAUAUUUGCUGCAGAUUUUUCUCAUGUAUAGCCAUAGCAUUUACAUAAUUUCCUUUUCCUCAACAAUGUCUGUGUGUCUUAAAUUUGCAGUGAAUUUGCAGUGAACUAAAACAGGAUGGCAGUCAGCAAAAAAUCAAUGUGUUAAUCAAAAAUAAACUUCUGAAUUCUGACACAGACUUUAGCUUCAUUUUACUUCAUAUGCAAGCUUAAAGUAUGAUGUAAACUUUAACCUUGAUAAUAAUUAAAGGUUCAUGU